UUCAAAAUUAACGAGAACAAGCUAUUUCUCGCAUUGCCACAUUUUUCGCAUGAAAGUCAAAUAUGGCGGAUCCCAUCGUUACCAGUCCUCGUUUCCUGUAAAUUAUCGACUAUCGAUCGCGGAUCAUUUCUCGUCGAUGGCUCGUUUUCGCCCGUCGUUUGCUCUCCAUGAACGAGGGGUGAAGAGGUGCGCGAUCGAUCUCGUAUCUGGUGCAGAAAAUAAUUCCCGUCGACCGUGAAAGGCUCGACAGGUGCGUGUUUACGCGGCUAAAUGUACCCACGUACGCUUCCCCCGCGAUCGAAUUAUCGACGUCUCGUUAACGUUUUACGAGAUGGACGCGAAUAACGGGGAAUCGAGCGAAGAUGCGCCGUUUCGGCGCGACCGAAACGAAGGACGCGUGAAAUCGCGUCCCCGAUUCUCGAAUUGUAGCUUUCUUUUUUUCCCGUCGUCUUCGCUUACACGGGGGAUGAAAUCACGCCUCUGCAUCGCGUGUCAAAGUGAUUCCGGACAGGUCCACCUUUCAAAGAGAUCGUGUAACGCUAAUGGAUUCGAACGUCCGGUAAGAAUGCGAUCCGAUAUUACGUUUCGUAUUUUCAUUUCCUUUAUUCUCGUCCUUAUUCUUCGCCUCUCCUUUUUUUUACGCCAACGUCCGUCGUAUAUAACGAACGGGAGGAACGCAGCAUCUUUAUUAACUCCAGCAAAAUUUUAUCGAGUCUUGUUGGAAUCCGAAAGAUGAAGAUGCUGCUAGCGUAUAUUAUGGUGUUCUGUCAAUUGCAACUUGGCGAAUCUAUCGUCCGUCAACGAUGGCAAGACUGGUUCGAAGACGCGGUUAGACAAGCCGAAGAGGUUCGUUGGCUGUACUAUCGAACCAGGAUCAAACAGGAGAAAGAAUUGCUGCUGCUACUCGAUCAACCGAUGCUGGAGCAGCGCAGGUGGAUCGACAUCAAACACGAGUCCUCUCCAGCCGACGUGAGACGCGUUCAAACCAGGUCCUUCUGUUCCUGCGAAUCGCAGUACGAAGUGCGCGAUCUGGGUGACGACCAUUACCCGAGGUAUCUGACCGUGUCGUACUGCAAGCCGAAAACGUGUCAGAACAAAUUCCAUCCUUGCAAGAUACUGUACUACAUGGUGCAUAUACUGAGACCACGAGAGACCAACGUGCCAUCGAAGUGGUUCUCGGGCGACGACGAGAUACCGGAGACACCGUUGCCGGAGUUUCUGAAGCGGAAGUGGCAGCUGAAGCCGGUGUCGGUACCUGUUGCCUGCGUUCCCGCCUAAAAUCAGGGACCACUGUUUCCUCCAUUUUAAUUCUUCCCACCGAUCUUGUACCGACCAUGCUGCCAUCUUAUCAAAUUACUGAGAGAAAACGUAUUAUAGUAACAAACGUAACCUCUUAACGGUCGUAAAACACCGUAAGACACCGAACUUCCAUUUCUGCCAUUUUGAUCUCUCUUUACGACUCUCUGUUUCUAAUUGAAUCGAAUAAAAGUGCAUUUUCUUGAUUAGUUUGUAACAGAAGAUGGCCGAGGCAGGGAAGAGUAGGGACUCGUUAUAUGGCCACUCGAAACUGUUUACCGUGUAUCUUUUGCUUACCCUCGUGUUUACUUACUAAAAUGUACUACGCUUACGUUAUCUGUUACGGUAGAUAACGCGCGAUUGACAGCUACUCGACUACUUUAUAGUUAAAACACGCGACUGUAUUAUCUCUGUCGUUCGAUCAUUUAAUCUGGCACGGUAAAAAAUGUGUGUGGCCAAACCACAAGUAUCUGGGUAACCAUUAUGAUGACGCUAUGAUAUUGAAACUGACAUUCUGUCUCUUAGAUUGUAUAUAAAUAAUGAAGUAUAUUCAUAAGCAUAUACUUAUAUCAAGAGAAGCAUAAACAUAUAAUUAUAUCAUAAGUAUUACUGCAUAUAAUGUAUAAUAAUGAAAAUAGGAAUAGUAAACUUAUGAAACAUAUAUGUUUAAAGUUCUUGCUACUUACUGUUACCUUGCUACUGUAGUUUCUAUACAAGUACAUAUACUUAUUGAACAAAUAACUUGUAUAGAACAUACAUAGUUCUUUUUUGCGUUUCAUCUUUUAUUUUCUUACAAUUACAUAAUUCAACUGAAUAUGUAGAACCUAUAAGCACCAAGCGUCCUCUUACGUGGUUCUGUGAAACAGAAGUCCUGAUGUUUCUUGUCCGUUGACCUAAGGAAAUAUGAGAUGUUCGCGCAACUACUCCUUCGAGACUGGCAGAGAAACUUGCGUUCCUCGAAUGGCCA